AUGCUGCUGCGCCUGCUGCUGGCCUGGGCGGCCGCGGUGCCUACGCUGGGCCAGGCCCCCUGGGCCGCCGAGCCCCGCGCUGCCUGCGGCCCCGGCAGCUGCUACGCGCUCUUCCCGCGGCGCCGCACCUUCCUGGAGGCCUGGCGGGCCUGCCGCGAGCUGGGGGGCGACCUGGCCACGCCGCGGACCCCCGAGGAGGCCCGGCGCGUGGACAGCCUGGUGGGCUCCGGCCCGGCCAGCCGGCUGCUGUGGAUCGGGCUGCAGCGGCAGGCCCGGCACUGCCAGCCGCAGCGCCCACUGCGGGGCUUCACGUGGACCACAGGGGACCAGGACACGGCCUUCACCAACUGGGCCCAGCCCGCCACGGGGGGGCCCUGCCCGGCCCAGCGCUGCGCGGCCCUUGAGGCGAGUGGCGAGCAUCGCUGGCUCGAGGGCUCGUGCACGCUGGCCGUCGAUGGCUACCUGUGCCAGUUUGGCUUCGAGGGCUCCUGCCCAGCGCUGCCCGAUGAGGCAGGCCAGGCCGGCCCCGCCGUCUACACCACGCCCUUCCACCUGGUCUCGGCAGAGUUUCAGUGGCUGCCCUUCGGCUCUGUGGCCGCCGUGCCGUGCCAGGCUGGCAGAGAAGCCUCUCUGCUCUGCGUGAAGCAGCCUGACGGUGGCGUGGGCUGGUCGCGGACUGGGCCCUUGUGCCCCGGUACCGGCUGCGGCCCGGACAACGGCGGCUGUGAACACGAGUGCGUGGAGGAGGCGGCCGGCCGGGUGUCCUGUCGCUGCACCGAGGGCUUCCGGCUGGCAGUGGACGGGCGCAGCUGCGAGGACCCCUGUGCCCACGCCCUGUGUGAGCAGCAGUGUGAGCCUGGAGGGCCACAGGGCUACAGCUGCCACUGUCGCCUGGGUUUCCGGCCAGCCGAGGAUGAGCCACACCGCUGCGUGGACACAGAUGAAUGCCAGAUUGCCGGCGUGUGCCAGCAGAUGUGCGUCAACUACGUUGGUGGCUUCGAGUGCUACUGCAGCGAGGGCCACGAGCUGGAGGCUGACGGCAUCAGCUGCAGCCCCGCUGGGGCCGUGGGCGCCCGGGCUUCCCAGGACCUUGGGGACGAGUUGCUGGACGAUGGGGAGGAGGAAGAGGAUGAAGAUGAAACCUGGGAGGUCUUCGACGGUGGCUGGACAGAGAUGCCUGGGAUCCCGUGGAUGGAGGCCACGCAGUCACCUGACUUUGGCCUGGCCUAUCAACCUAGCUUCCCAGAGGACAGAGAGUCACGGAUGCCCUACCUGGACCCCACCUGGCCACCCCCGCUUAGUGCCCCUAGGGUCCCCUACCACUCCUCAGUGCUCUCUGUCACCCGGCCUGUGGUGGUCUCUGCCACGCGUCCACCCCUGCCCCCUGCCCCUCAGCCCCCCGUGAUCCCUGCAGUACAGCCAGCUUUGCCCUCUGACCACCAGUUCCCCAAGAUCUCAGCCAACUAUCCCGAUCUGCCUUCUGCCCACCGGCCCCCCGUUAUCUCUGCCACGCACCCAGGACCGACCCCUGCCCACCGGCCCCCAAUUAUCUCAGCCAAAUAUCCUCAACUGUUCCCCGCUCACCAGUCCCCCAUGUUUCCAGAUACCCAGGUCGUCGAUACCCAGAACACCACUCAAUUGCCUCGAAUCCCAGCUAACCACGCCCCUCUGGUCACCACCUCCAGCGCCCGUCAAACCCCUGUGACCCCAGAUAUCCCGGUCCUCAAAGCCCAGGCCACCCACCAUCCCAUUACUUCCACUGUCCAGCCUUCUCUGACCACUACCUCCAGGGCCCCUGUGUCGCCUGCCCAUCAAGUCCCCGUGCCUGCUGCCACCCUACCCCCAGCCUUCCACACUCCCCUGCCCCCAGAGAGCCCCACUAACCAGACCUCACUCGCUAGCCCGACACACCCCCAUUCCAAAGCCCCACAAGUCCCAAGGGAAGGUACCCCUGACCCCAACCUGGCCCCGUGGCUGCCCUCGGCGGUCCCCACAGCCCUGGGGGAGGCCAGUCCAGCAGGCCGCAGCCGCAGGGAUGAUCGGUGGCUGCUGGUGGCACUCCUAGUGCCAACAUGCGUCUUCUUGGUGGUCCUACUUGCACUGGGCAUCGUGUACUGUACCCGCUGUGGCCCCCACGCGCCCAAUAAGCGCGUGACCGACUGCUAUCGCUGGGUCACCCACGCCGGGAGCAAGGGCUCAACGGAACCCGCGCCCCACCGGGGCAGCCUCACAGGGGUGCAGACCUGCAGAACCAGCGUGUGAUGGGGCGCAGCCCCCGCUCUGUGGGGUGGGGGAAGGGGCAUGCGUUGGACACAUGGGCCAGGCUGCACCAGGGACCCACGGGGGCUGCCCAGCUGGACAGAAGGCUUCCUGGUCCCCCGGGCCCAGCCAGGCUCCUCUCUCAGUCAACCGCUAGACCUGACUCUUGGGAGCUCCGUUUCCUGGCCCAGCACUCACGACGGAGGAGAUGCCGAGGCCCCCCAGGACCUCAGGGGGUGGGUUCUGGGGUCUUCUCCAAUAAACGGGGUGCCAACCUCACCCAAAGCUCCUGACCCCCAUUGGUGCCUGAGGGGAGGGUCUGGGAGGACUCAGAAAAAAGAAGGAGGGGAUCUUCCUUCAGCUUGUUUGGGCUCCCCAGGAAAUAAGGUAAGACUCCUCAAGGCAGAGUGUGCUUUAGAGAUUCUCAGGGAAACAGGAGCCCAGAGAGGGCAGAACUUUGCCCAAGUUCACACCGAGAGCCUAGGAGUGGGAGGUUCGGCGUGAAGAGAGUUUCAUAUUGGUUCGUUCCUCUUUUUACCGUAACUCUUAGAAGGUGGGACUGAAUCUGGAAUGAGGGCUUCUGCUGAACUGGAGCCAAACUGGGGUUUAGGGGGUCAAAGGCAAGUUCUAGGCCUGGUGAUUCUGGGGAGUGAAGGCGGUCUAGAGGGUGAGCUCUGGUACUUCCCUUCCCCGCCCCGAAGGGCACCCAGAAGUUGGU